AUUAAAAAAAAAAAAAAAAAAAAGAUCAUUUGUGUUGCUGAAAAGCGAGCAAUUGCAGAAAGAAAUCGAUGACAGGGGAGAAACAAUUGCAGAAAUUCAGUAAUUGAGCGAUUGCUGAAAGAAUUUGUUUUUCUUUCAACCGAAAAUGGACAGCUCGUUCAAAUCGACGACGUUAAUCUCGAUUUUUCUUCUGUUUUUCUGCAAUGCGAUCCCGUCUAUUGCUUUCGGUUCCUCGUCUACGGCUACCACAAUGCACACGAACAAUUGGGCUGUUCUUGUCUGCACUUCCCGCUUUUGGUUUAAUUAUAGACACAUGGCUAAUACGUUAUCCUUGUAUAGAACGGUUAAGAGGUUAGGAAUACCUGAUGAGAGGAUAAUUCUCAUGCUGGCUGAUGACAUGGCUUGCAAUGCUCGGAACAAGUACCCUGCCCAGGUCUUCAACAAUGAAAACCACAGGCUCAACCUGUAUGGAGAUAAUGUCGAGGUAGAUUAUCGAGGUUAUGAAGUGACUGUAGAAAAUUUUUUGCGAGUAUUAACUGGGCGCCAUGAAACGGCUGUUCCAAGGUCAAAACGUCUUCUAAGUGAUGAAGGGAGUCACAUACUUCUAUACAUGACUGGGCAUGGUGGAGACGAAUUUUUAAAAUUUCAGGAUUCAGAGGAGCUCCAAAGUCAUGAUUUGGCUGAUGCCGUGAAACAAAUGAAAGAAAAGCGCAGAUUUAAGGAGCUCCUGAUAAUGGUGGAUACUUGCCAAGCUUCCACUCUUUUUUCUCAGCUCCAAUCGCCUGGCGUUUUGGCUAUUGGAAGUAGCAUGAAAGGAGAGAAUUCAUAUUCUCAUCACUUGGACUCUGAUGUUGGUGUAUCUGUUGUAGAUCGAUUCACAUUUUAUACCCUUGCUUUCUUUGAGAGGCUAAAUAUGUAUGACAAUGCCUCAUUGAGCAGCCUUUUUAAUUCCUAUAAUUCAAACUUGUUGAUGUCAACUGCAUAUUAUCGAACAGAUCUUUAUGGCCGACUGUUGGAGGAGGUACCUGUGACCAACUUCUUUGGUUCAGUCAUGGAAACAAUCCACACUGAUUCACCUUACCGAGCCUUCUCAGUCAAAUACUCUAAAUCUAAAGCUGAAAUUUCCCUGGAUCAGUCAGAUGAGGUGGAACAGAGAAGACUAAAAAUUUCUGAUGUUCCACAAGAAUUGAUUGACUCUAACAUAACUGAUAAACAUGCUACUUGUCCUGUUACACGCAUAUGGAAUGCUAUUCUUGGAAGGAUUGAAAUGAUGAAGGAAUUAGAUAGCUUGGUGAACUAUGGCUUGAUAUUGAUGUUUCUAAUCGUGACUGGUUCUUCUUGGUUUUCAAGCUGAAGGUAAGAAGGAAGAUCUUUUAAUGGACUUUCAGUACAUUACUUAUGUGCAAUCGAUGCAGCCUGCAGAAUAAAGUCUUUUCUUCACAGUUUCUUGAAGUGGAUGAUACCAUUAAAAAUAUUAUUCUAUUAUGGCUUUUGCUAUUUUGUUGCUGCAAUAGAUUGCCAGAUAUUGGCACUUGAUCUGGUGCACUAUGAUUUUAGGCCUUUUCUAAAAUUUAUGUGUUAUCCUGUUAUUUCAGGCCAUAUUUUACUUCAUUCUUUGCCGGAUAGAAAUAUUAUAUCUCACAAAUGUAAUUCAAGAAACUUACUGAAGCCCCCAGAACAUAUGAUCUCUGUGCAAAUCAGAGAUUUUAUUUUAGAUAGCUGAAAUCAAUCUUGGAACUGGCGCUUCAUCUUGAACACUUGAACUAAUCAAGUUAUACUGUGUUAGAAAUUGCUUGAAUUGGUGCUUGCCAUCUGAAAUGGACCUGCUUUUGAUUCUGUUAUUUAUUCUUAGCUUUUUUACACAGAGUAAUCUAUAGGAAGUGUAAGAGGCCUAUGUAACAAUGAAAGGGGCCUGACUGUGGUAUGUAUGAAUAUCACUUCAUUUCCAGGGGUGGAACGCUUACUACCGGAUUCUAUUCUUAGCUUUAACUGCUAUGGGUUUUGUGGUUCUAAACCAUCAAUUGAUAUCUACCAAAACUUGUUAGUUC